AUGGAUCCAAGUUUAUAUCAACAACAACAACAAACGCCUCAACAAAAUUUUGUUGUUCCUUAUAAUUUUAUAGGAGCUCCUCAGACUGGUAUUUAUCCCCAACAAUAUUCAAAUGCAGAUGAUCAAAAUAAUGCGCAUUUACAAGCUUAUAGUAGCAACUCAAACCCUAUGAUGUCAAUUGCAGAAACUAGGUCUGUUUAUCCAGUACCAGUUGAAUCUCCAAGAUCUAUAACAGGAAAUGAUAUGCCUGCUGCAAAACGUUUUGCUCUUGCUCAAUCUAUACAAAACAUCUACCCUAAUUUAAUUCAAAAUCAAUCCCAAUUAGCUCCAGAUCAACUUUAUGGUGGUAGUAGUAGCAUUUUCCCUAAUCCAUCGAUAAAUACUGCAAGAACCAUAAGCACCCUGCCAACUCGAACAAAUUUAAGUACUGAUGGUUCAAAUCAUUAUAAUUUAAUAAAUAAUUCACAUCCUGCUGCUCAACAGAUUAAUCAAACUAUCCAAAACUCAAUUCAUCCAUUUAAUAAUCAAAUGGAUUGGUUAGAAUUAACUAAUGAUGAAGAUAUUGAUUAUGAUUUUAAUUAUAAUACUGACUCAACUACUCCUAGCAGUAAUAGCGUAGAAGGAAAUAUACCAGAUUGGACUCAGAGUACCUUAUUACAAAAACAUAUAAAUUAUCCAAAUCAAAAUCCUUCUUCUAAAUCCUUCAUACUUUCUGUUCCAUCAAAUAAUACCGUUAAUCUUAUUAGUGAUAGUGAUGACAAUAACAGUGGAGGUAGUAGUAGUAUUGCACAAAAUUUAUCUCUAAAAAAUAUUCAAAGUUCAGUCCAAGCAUCAUCCAGUAGCAUUGGAGAUAAUAAUGGAUCCUCUAUAAGUUCAAAUCAAUAUAUUAAUUCUUCUGGUUUUCUUGUAAAUGUCAACUCUAAUCAACCUUUGAAUGACAUAAAUCAACAGCAGCAGCAACAUAAUGAUGAUUUAAAUCAACAAUCUGCCGCAAUUAUACCAACCAAUUUAUUGAAUAUUUCACAACCACCACCAAAACUUCAUUUACCAACUAAUCAAGGAAUAGCUUGCAAAAGAAAUUGUCAAGUUAAUGAACAAUCUGAAACAAAUCCUUCUGUUUCCAAUAAUAUAUUGCCAACUACAGACCCUAUUAACACCAAAACCAUUAAACCACCAAGAUUAAUUUAUGCACCAAAAACACGUAGAGUGGACAGUUAUGGUGGUUUAAAUUUGACAGUUUUUGAAAGGUUGCCAUUGCCCUUAGUCAUACCAAGGAUUCAAGAUUUAGGUGUAGUUGAUAUUCAUGCUCUUACAAUGUCAUUAAAAUCAGGAAUGAAAUUAGAAGUUACAAAUGCACUUAACACAUUAACAAUAAUUUCAAGUUAUAAAAAUGCAUUGUUAGAUUUGAAUAGAUGUGGUGAACUGGUUGAUGUAUUGAUUGAUAUAAUAAUGGAAUAUUUGGAUUGUGUAUCAAUCAAUUAUUAUUGUUAUUCUAAUGAAUCUAAAGGGGAAAAUUCAUUAUCAAAUAAUAAAUUUUUGACAUAUUUAGAGUUAUUUCAACAAUCAAAAAGAGAAUGUGAAGAGUUUUCAGAUGUUGAACUUGAACAAUUUUCUAUUUCAGAAGGAUGGUUACAAUUACAUGAACAGUGUUGGUGUGCAUUGAAUAUAAUUAGGAACUUUUCUUUUAUACAUGAGAAUCAUAAAUAUUUAGCACAUCAUCCAAGAAUUUUAGGAACAUUUAUGGAAAUUUUAUAUCUUGGAUCGAUUGAUAAUUAUGAUUGUGUUAGCAGUAGUGGCAGUAAUAAUAAUUUACAUAAUAAAAAAAGAUAUGCAAGGAAAAAAGCUUAUGAUAUAUUAGAAUAUCGUAAAAUUGUUUUAAUAAUUUUAUCAAAUAUUGCAGGAUAUGUCUCAAUGCCUUCAAUACUAGCAGCAAGAGAUCUUCUAUUGAUAAUUUCUGAUUUUCUAAAUAAUUCAGAUGAUUAUUAUGCACAGAUAGCAUUAGAAGUUUUAUCCAAGUUGACAGUCUCAUAUGAAAAUAGACAGAAAGUUAGUGAAUGUGAUGAGGAUACAUUGAAAUCAAUUUUUGAAAAGCUUGUAAGGUUAUUACCAAAAGUAGAAAGUGAUAUUUAUAGUAGAUAUAAUUAUAAUGGCAAUAUUAUAACUCAUACAUCAUCAUUUCAAGAAUUACCAUUCUUAGCUACCUUAAUAAUGUCAUUUUUUAAUUUUGCAAGUUUGAAUAAUGAAACAAUGAAAAAAAGGAUUAUAGCCACAUCAGGGUUUAUAAAUCGAAUGCUUAAAAUGACAUUGAUAUUGGCAAGCAUUAGAAAUAUUAGAACAGGUGCUAAUGAAGAAGAUUGUGUUAUGUUGGCUAGAAGAUCAAUGGAAAUGCUCAAAGUAUUGGCUAAAGGAAAUAAAGAAAGUUUUCUUUUAUAUAAUGAACAGUUAUUAAAUGCUUUAUUAAUUCCAUAUAUUGAUCCUGUUGUAGUAAAAGAUUUAGAAGCCAUUGUUAUUUAUCCACAUGAAGAGGUAGAUCUUAUGACUGAUCAUUUUAAAGAACAUGAUGAUGAAGGAUUUAAUGUUAUCAUAAUUCAUGAUAAAACUCAUCAAGGGGGCUAUUAUCAUCAAACAAAUUCUAAUCAGCAUCCUAUACAUAUUAUUCCACCAAACGAGACAGGGAG